AUGCAGAAAAAUCAUACCCCGUGGGUUGCUGGAGGUGUGGUUUCAAAAUAUUUCAAUGACGGGUUCAUGAGAAUCUGGAAAAAUGGCAUGAAGGACGAUCUGGCCACAUUGUCGAGCCAACACAGCGGAUACGAGCUUUGGAUCACUGGUCAUUCUCUUGGAGGAGCCAUGGCUUCGUUGGCCGCCUCUUACAUCGCCCACAACAAGCUGUUUGCAGCUGACAAGAUCAAAUUGGUGACGUUCGGACAGCCUCGCACUGGAGAUAAGGACUAUGCCGCUGCGGUAGAGAAAGAAGUUCCAUACGCCUUCCGAGUGACGCAUUCUCACGACUCAGUUCCGCAUCUACCGCUAGAGAACAUGGAGGGCUACUACCAUCAUAAAACUGAGGCGUUAUACAACAAAGGAAUGGCCGUAGGUGCUCACUAUUACGUAUGCUACGAUAUGGGAGAAAGCACCUUCUGUUCGGAUGGCAAUCUAGCCGACACCUCCAUAAAAGACCACCUUCACUAUUUCGAGAAAGACGUUUCUGAGUACGGAGUCAAGGGGUGCAAGUAA